CGUGACCUUCAGAUGCCUCGCUCGCAGGCAAAAGCUUGGUAGUUUCCCGCGGGCAGAUGUGGAGUUUUCCGAGAUAGAGCGAACUGGACUUGGAGCCCCUUACAAGUUCCAAGUGGACGUCGAAGAUUGGGUCACCACAUUUGAUUUCAGUUGAUCACAACCACGGACUCCCAUUCCGGCCUCCGUGAACCAUGUCUCUGCGCACACUCACACGCAUUUCAGCUUCAUCUGCCGCGCGACCAGUGCAACGAUGCGCUUUUGCGACAACCUCGCCCGCUGAGGCCCCCCUACAGAAACGCGCCGUCGUCGGCAGUUUUUUGUUCCGUCGACAUGGUGAUGGCAAGCCUAGAGUCGCUCUCUUCAAGAGAAGCGACAAGGUGAAUACAUACCAGCACAAGUACGCGGCCAUCUCUGGGGGGGUGGAGGCGGAAGACGAGUCAACGCUGAGUGCCGCGUUGCGGGAGCUGCAUGAGGAGACGAAACUCACCAAGGAUUCCCUGCACUACCUCUGUCACGGGAAGCCGUAUUCCUUUAUCGACAACAAAUUCAACUAUGAGUGGAGCGUGCAUCCAUUCGCCUUCCAAUGGCCAUCAUCGAGCACGGAGCCUUUGACUCUGGGCUGGGAGCAUGAGGGCCACGCAUGGUUCGAGCCCUCGGAGGUGCCUGAAUCCGAGGUGGCGGCCGGCGUCGUGGAGUCCCUGCGUCGCGUCUGGCCAGAGGGCGACCUGGGCAGGAUCGAGGUGCUUGUCAGGUACUGUCUAGGAGAGGCAGUGGGGAAGCAGACGGGUGAGGACGCGCGACGCGAUCCCCACGACGCUUUCACCGUCUUUCGCGAGACGGUCGGGGAGAUUACAACCUCUGACUCGGCGCAGUGGCGGCGCUGUGUGCGACUGGCGGCAUGGCAUAUUUGGAACCACGCGGACCGCAGCGUAAAGGCGCCACUGCUGACGAGACUGCUCCCAGGUCUGGAGCUGAUCGAGACAUUGCUGGAGCCGCAACGUGCGGAACUUGCGCCGCAGUUUGAGAAGCUGGCGGCCAUGGCGCUGGAGAAUGUGCAGCCGCAGAAGGAGAUGGAGGGCCAGGGCGUGAUGAGCGAGGAAGACAUUCAGUACUUGACGCAGGAGGCGGAUCGCUUCUUCUCAGGACUGUGGCCCACGCCUGAGUAGUGUGCACAUUACCAGUCGUGCUCCAUCCACGAAAGCACGUCGUCCUGCAAGGACACAACAUCCCCUCCAGCCACGUGAGAAGGCAUAUCUGGCGUAUCCCAUGUCGUGUUCUGAAUAAGGUGCUGCUCAAACGCCUGCUCAAUCUCCAUGGCUGUCUGCGUCCCUCUGCGCUUCGCCAUGAGCAUGUGCAGUUCUCUCAGCGCGUUGGCGCAGUUGAGACCGUACGUGUUGCCGGUCUGCGCCUCCCGAUCAAAGAGCUCCACGGCAAAGUCCACCUCUCGCGCCGUGGUGAGAUCGUCGUUCCCCAGCAAGCUCUGCAGCAUGAAACACAGGGCUGCGCUGAACACACAGUGUAGACCGGCAUGGAGGAGUCGUCGCGGUCGGUGCAGUGUUGCAAUAUGACGGGCUAGACGCAUGUUG